AUGUUCAUACUUACCUUCUAUGCCCUGACUGCUGUAUGCGGAGUUCUAUUUCUAUACACAAGGAGUAAAGUUGAAAACAAUGAUGAUUCCUUCUUCAAAGGCUUUCAACGUACAUAUAUUGUGGUAUAUUUGAUGGCUGUUGCCGGCGACUGGCUCCAAGGUCCUCAUGUAUAUGCUCUCUACGAUUCUUAUGGAAUGUCAAAGCACCAAAUUGAAAUACUAUUCAUCGCAGGCUUUGGAUCCAGUUUAGUCUUUGGAACAAUAGUUGGAUCUUUUGCUGAUAAAUUUGGUCGAAGAAACAACUGUAUCAUCUAUGGCCUUUUAUACGGAGCAUCAUGUAUCACAAAGCAUUUCGCUUCUAUUGAGAUCUUGAUGAUUGGAAGAUUCUUGGGUGGCAUGGCCACAAGCAUUCUUUAUUCAGCUUUCGAAUCCUGGCUUGUUUGCGAGCAUAACAAGAGAGGGUUUUCCGAUUCCCAAUUAGGAAUUGUUUUUUCUCAUGCGGCACUUGGUAAUUCUUUAGUAGCUAUUGUCUCUGGUGUCAUAGCUCAAUUCGUCGCUGACCAAUUUGGAUUUGUAGCUCCUUUCGAUGUUGCUUUAGCAGUUCUUGGACUCAUGUGUGUUGUUCUUAUGAACACUUGGCCUGAAAACUAUGGAAAUGAAAAUGCUGCUGUGCAAGAAUCUUUUUCUAAAGCUAUUGCAACUAUUCGAUAUGAUGUAAAAAUUCUUUGUUUGGGUCUUGUCCAAUCUCUUUUCGAAGGUUCAAUGUACGUUUUUGUACUUGAAUGGACACCAGCUUUAACUCAGGCCGUGAAAUAUGAAGGAAUAUAUGACAAUAUUCCUCAUGGAUAUAUUUUCGCUGCUUUCAUGGUGGCCACCAUGAUGGGCUCUUCCAUUUUCAAGGUUAUCUCCAAAUCUUCACCACCUGAAGAUUUCAUGAGAUAUGUUUUAUUAUUAAGUGCUUUCUGUCUAUCCGUGCCAAUCAUGGCACCAGAUAACAGUACUCUCAUCUUCUUGUCUUUCAUACUGUUCGAGGUUUGCGUUGGUAUUUUCUGGCCUGCAAUGGGAUGCCUGCGAGGAGCUUAUAUCUCUGAGGAUACACGAUCUACUACUAUUAAUCUAUUCAGAAUUCCAUUGAACAUUAUCGUUGUUUUCAUUUUACUACAGAACUUCUCUAUGAUUGCAAUUUUCAAGUUCUGCGUUCUUUUCUUGUUCUUGGCUGCAACGGCUCAGCAAUGCCUUUUCAGUUGCACUGUGGAUAACAUACCAAAGAAAGUCAUUUCUGAGAUUUUUUAA